AUAGUUACUACUGUUAUCAUUGUGAUAAUCACUAUUAUCACCACUAUAAUCACUUUUCUUCUCAUUUCAUAUAAUUUUAGUGGUAAAAAUGAAAUCGAAUUACAUUUGCAUCGUGUAAAACUUACCGAGAAUGCCUUAUGCGUUUUUCGUUCAGCUAGGCCAACAAUGUUUUUUUCAAUCGAAUUCUUCGAUUUCGAACUUCAAACAACUCCAAUGAUUAGUGGUGCCGAAGGUAUUCUAAAUUAUUGGACAACUUAUGAUGUGAUUGUGUCAAAUUUACUCAUUUAUUAUCUGGAAACGGUGUGA